CAAAUCACGCGCGGAACUCAGUAUCACUGGUAUCACUCUAGCUUGUUAUUCUGGCGCAAUUCUGUAGUUGAAGAGUCACAAGACGAAUUACCACAAUUAUACGAAACGGAAGUUGGUUCACCAUACGUUAACGCUAAAGGAAGACGAGUUUUUUUUUUUAGUUAAUGAAUCUUACCAAGACUACCAUUGUUGACGGCUGCAUGAGGUCUGACGUUAUCAGGCGGAUUGGAACUAGAAGAGCAGGACGAGAUCAAAAGAAAAACAGCACGCCGAAAGCAACUUUGACGACGCGAAGACAAUUGACGAAGAGGCAGCUAACGGAGUUGUUUUUCGAGAAUUGCAUCGAUUGUGAAAAAAUGGCUACUAUUCCGCAGGGUGCUUUUGCAGCGUGCAAAGUUCGUUGUAAUGAGGAACGCAUUAUUUCAAAAUCCACGAUAGAGAAGAAAGAAAGAACUGAAAAGAAGGAAAAUAUAUUUAAUUCAAGGCCUCCUCUAGAAGGAUGGGAGCUGACACCGCUCAAGUACAACAGCAAGCUUAUGAACAGCAUCUGGGGUCUGUACAAUCGCUAUUCCGUGCAUAAUUUCAAGAAAAACAACGAUGCUGAGGAUGUUCGCGGUGGGGUGGCUGCGGCGAUCUGGGAUGCUAUUCUAGAGAAGCAUUUCCCAGCUAUCAACGUCGCGGCCACCGCUUCCGUGGAAGCUCGCCGAAUCAUGAGAACCGAAAAUGGUGUCUAAAUGCGAGUCACGUUACUCUGAAAAAUCAUUUAAAAAUAAUAAUUAAUAUUGAGCAAGCAUUGCGCGUAUAAUUUGGGGGCAAUAAAUUAUAUGAGUAAACGAGAAAUUUUA